AGUCGUCGGUCGACAUGUCUUGGGAGGUGAAUCUAACUCAGGAACAAAUGUCGAUCGGAAUUUGACCAUGCCGCUCCAGCAACUCUACCCCCAUCUUCAUCCGAAAGUCAACCACACCUUCAUCCACCCCUCCGCACAAAUUGGCCCUUCAAUCAUGGAUGAGGGCGAGCCUAGAUCGUCCAAAUCGUCCUCGGUGUGUCCCAUUUGUCAGAGUUCCGAGCCCCAUUUCCUACAUUACGACGGUCUUAGUUGUUAUAGCUGUCGGGCGUUUUUCCGUAGAGCUCACCAAAAGACCCGCAAUCCCAAAUUCACGUGCGUUUUCAAUGGGCGGUGCGAAAUCACGGUGCGCAAUCGACGAUCCUGUCGAAAAUGCCGUUAUGAUCUUUGCUUGCAAGCGGGCAUGAGGCCGGAACUCGUCCUCGACGAGGCUCAGAAGAGACAACGCUUCUACUCGUCUACCUUGAUUCGAUCCCUCAGUUUCUCUGGAACGAGCUCUCAAAUGGAACGAGGUGGAACGGAGGGUCCGUCCACGUCCAGUGGCGGUUCCAAUGUGUCGCCAAAUAUUUCCGAGACCUUGGGAUGCUCGUACCAUCAACUCAUUCAGCGGUCCCUGAACCAAAGCUAUCGACCGGGAGAUCGAAGUCCAGACAUUGAUCCCCAUGGGACCACAACUAACCUGGAGGAGUUUGCUCAAUCCCUCAUUGUUGACUUUAACAAUUUGUGGUGCAACAUGAAUCUGAGCGUUGAAUUCGUUCAAGGAAUCACGAAUCUUCACCAUGGCCAACCUGCCGGAGAAGCUUUACGACAGUUCUUCAAGAGUUUCUUGUCGUCAUGUAAACAAACUUUUCGUGACUUUGCUAAAGGCCGCGAUGUUUUCAAGUUGUUUCCCAAUGACAUUCAGGGCUAUGUUCUGGCUCAAAACAGCCGCUUGUACUUGACUUAUAUUCUGGCCACUUAUUUGGGCACAGAGAGUGGGAAUGAGCAAGUUGAACAGUUGCUCGGUAAUCAUUGCCCUUUGAAUUAUUCCAAUGCUGGUUAUCGCUCUUUGCGCAUCGAAGAGUUUUUCUCCCUUAUGAAUCGACCCCUGGAUCCCAAUGUCUUGAGCGCCAUUACCGCCAAAUGCCGGUCCAUCGUGGCCCUGAAGAUUGCCCGUUCUUUCCAUGGUUUGGUCGCGUAUCUGCUGCUGUUUCAAUUAGAUUUGACUUUGGAUACGUUUCCGGGGCAAAGUACUCUUCGGAAAGCUUUUGCUCAGGCCACCAAAGUUAUCUGCUUGUCGCAAGAAAAAGUCGAUAAUCCGAUCACCGAGCAACAUCUCUUUGAUUCCAUCAAAGACUUACUGUGGUUAUGUCAACAGUUCCCAUUCUUGGGGUUGUAAGGAAGCUGUUUCAUCGACAUUUUGACCAAAAACGUACGAAUCGGUCUGGACUAGUAAGAAAUUUCCACCAUCACAACAACAACUACAACAACAACAACAACCGGUACUGCCACUUUUGAAACCUGACUUGUCAUUCUUUCGCAUCGCUACAUCGCUAUGAACAACUAUACAUCGAACACUACACAAUUUAUACGUGAGGGUUUCCCGUGACGAUUUUUACUGGUACAUCGUACAUCGACGCCAAAUUAUUUGUCUCUCUUUGCUGAGGUGAUUGGAAAAAAAUGCCUAAUUCAUCGAAUAUGUUCCCAAAUACGGUACAUGUGAUAUUGGAAUAGUGUAUUAGGUCUACUUUAUGUGUUGUCUCCCUGAAGAAUAAAUGG